AGACGCCUGCAAGGUUUUCUUCUCCCUGAAGUACAAAGCCCAUCUCUAGCUAUAGAAUGAAUCGUUAUCUUCUACAGGAGCCUAAUCAGAUUUCGGAAUAUCCGUGCACUUAAGUUUCUUCCUCUGCCAGCAUGACUGCGUUGUCAAAGGUACCCAAUAAUCCAUGGCUAUCCUAGUUGCCCCGCCCCGCCCCAACCUGGUUAGCAUCAGAGAGACUGAACGUUUCGCCUUACGCCUAGGUGGUGGUUUCUCGCAACGUGUACCGUACUUGCGAUGAGGGUAGCUGCGAUCAUAAAAGUUCACUGUACCAUGUGAACAUUACCUUCGAAUAGGUUAUCAACCAAGGCCAUUACAUCUACAUUUCUAGUUACCUAUCUUUUUGAUACCGCAGAGGCUGUUUCCCGUUCAUAGUAAAGCAAGUGCGGUUAGGUACGGAUCAACAAAUAGAACAAGUCUCGAAUGAAGCCAAUCAAGACAGUGGACGAUAGCUCUGCAUAACACGGGCAUAACCCUUCAACUUUACCCAUGGACCAUAUUUGUGCGUGUUCUACUAUGACUCUCAUAUACUACGCGCCAACCACGAGUAAGGUCAAAUCUUUGGCGCCUGGGCGCGAUUGUUCCUAGAGACGGCCCAAACUGGAAAUACCGACUGUAUAAAGGAAUUUCGGGGUUUUGCGCACCUUUAUUCUUCCCUUCUUUCAGUGUACCACUGCUUGGACCUCCACUGGGUCCUACACAGCUUCAACUUUGCUUCGCUACCUGCAAUACAUAUGAAUAGUCUUCACAACCGCUUUCGUUCUUCAAACCUCGCUCCCAGGCAAACGAUCCUGGUGGCGCCACAGGUAUAGGCAAGCCUGAGCAGAAGCAAAUAGCCACUACAAACUUAUCUCCCCAGUCAUCCCGAAUGCCAAGCGAUUGGCACGGGCCGUCUACUCAACAAAUGGAACGCCCCAUUGAAAGCUUUCCAUCUAUUCCUCAAGUUAUGACCAGAACUCAGGCUAGUUCUGCUCUUCAGCCUAUUGCGGAUGCUACUACAGAGCCAGAACGGUCUGAAUUUCGACAGAUUUACAUCACUACUGGUGGCUCGCCGCUUCGUCAGACCAGCGACGUCCCUUCCGUUAUUUCCUCGACUGUUGCAGGCACAUCGGGUGAUAUUAUGGCCAACGCGCGCUCGCCGUCUUCAGUUAAGACCAGUCUAUCCUCGGAAUCAGCGCCUCAGAACAUCAACCGCCUUGGCGGCGACGUUCUCGGAUCGUCUUCCAAUGCAAAUGAUGAUGCUGCUUCAGAGGUACCUACGGAACCAAACUCUCCUCAAAUUCCAGAGCGCCAGAAUACUGAAGUCGGACCUGAGUCCUCUCAACCUCCUCAAUCCCUUCCUGCCAUGAAGAGUGCGCCUUCCGAAUCAGUUCAAAGCACCCCGCCAGAGCCUAAUUCUGAUGUUCGACGAGAUUCUUCGUUGCUCCAUAUGCAAGCCAGACAGAGCAUCCACGACGACGACGAAAUGGACUCCGAUGACGAUGAUGGUAUACCUAUCGUACGGCCAACCCGGGGCCUUUGGAGGAGCAGGCCUCUCAUCGUCGAGAGUCGCCUCUACCCCAAUAGGAAUCAUCCGAGAGCGCAAACGAAGCGUGAACACAGAUAUAUUAAUCCAACGGUCGAGAGCCUUACUCCCGACGAACGGGUGCAAUUCGACCGUAUGUACCAGCGGUAUAGGAAGCGUCGAGCCCCAGAUGGUUCGGGACCGCGCCAAUCUUAUUCGGACUUCAGUCGUAAGACCAUAGCACGAAUUAGAUCCACACCUCCUAGACCGACCGCUUCCAGGAGAUCUCAAUGGCUGACUGAGAACCCAUUUGAGUAUCUGGCGCAACGACAACGGACUCGCGCGCAGUCAAUGGAUGUAGAUACAAUUCUACCCAGUGCUACAAACUCAAAUAAUGACUGCGAUGAUGCGAUGGAUGGCUCGUUUUCUAGUUUCGACGAGGACGUGCCUAUGGACGACGCAGAGAAAGAUGACGGGGAUGCCGAAAUGGAGGAUGCGAGCGCAAAACCAGUCCCUGCAGGCAAGGUAUUCCCCUUCAGUGUAAACUCUACUAUCACACCUCCGAGUCAAGCUCAAGACCAGUCAGCUGGAAAGCCAUCCAAGGGCGAUACUCUCGACGAGACAUCCCUGUCGAAUAAGUCUGUUUCCGAAGUCAAGGCUGCUGAAGAGGUUAAAGCAGUCGAAGGUUGCAAGGCAGCCGAAGGAGAUAAAGCUGUCUCUAGCGCAGCUUCGCGUAGUAUUCCUAUUUCGACCUCAGCAGCUUCCGAUCCACCCAAGACUGAAACUCGGGAUUCAAAUGGUCUUUCUUCUGCUGCAACUAGCGGGUGUUCAAGAGAUGAUCCUAACGCAGCUUUGAACACUACAACACCACAAGGCGAACCACGAAAGCCUAAAGCUGCGGAUGAGUCCUCGCCUGCCAUCACGAUGUCGUCAGAUUCACUCGCAACGAGAACUGUGAGUACCACUCCAACCGGCAUCACUGAGACUUCAAGCAUGGGUGGUACACGAACGCUUCGCGUUCUCCAUGAGCCCGAUGAUGCCGGCCUCUCCGGUAUUCCACCUCCUUCACGUAACAACGAGGAUAAUCUACAAGGAGAGCUGCUGACCAAACAGUUGAACGAAUGGGAGCAAGAGACCAGGACAGCUCAAGCACGAAGAAAGGCUAAAGGCAAAUGCAAAGCAAUUGACGAAGAACCUGCUCAGAAGGGAAGAGUAUUCGCGUUGCAACAGAAUGGGACAUCACCACCCUCAACAUCCAUGGUAGUACCCCCAGUCGCCUCUCCAGGUAGUGCUGCCACCACAAAUGGUCCCGCUCGCCCUCCCGCGACGCCUAAGAACUGGACUCUUGCCGACAGGUUGGCCUGGGAUCCAAACUUGCUGAGAAGGCAGCAGGUGCUCCAGCGAUUGGAACAGCAAUUUGGACUGAAGUCCUUGCUGAGCAUAACGGACGAUUGCAGUGUACCUGGAACCUCAAAGGCCGGCGAAGGGAGUCUCUCCGCUGUUACGGCGUCGCAGGUUACCGCAGAUGUGGUAGCCAGAAACGCAAUGCGCGUUGUGCCUUCGACAACAGCGCAUACCGCAACUACCGCAGGUCCUGAUGGUCGUACUGGGUACUCCAACACUACACAAACUAGCCCCUCAGCGCCCCUCCCUUCUGCCUCCCGGUCCUACCUGGAGGAUAUGAAAGAGAUAAAUCCCUACGUGCCAGUUAUUGAGGUCGCCGAUCGGGAUAAUGACAAACAGAGCCCAUCCACGAGUUCGCCAUUUGCGGAGAGACGUGCUUCGAAUGUUGUUAAUGCGGCUGAAUCAACAGAUGUUACUCCGGGGCACUCUGUUAAUUCAGUCGCACCGUCUGAGCCUUUCGGAACGCAUGGCACUGUUCCAACUAUUGUGGUGACACCAGCCGAUGACAAGUCAGAACAGCUAGGUUACUCCGAGUCAGCGCCCGUCCUUACGUCUCCUCUGCAUCUGUCUCCGUUUGGCUGGAAUAACCCAGUAUCUAGGACGCCAGGACUUCGACUUCCAUUCUCGCUGCCACCCGCCUUGAAUGUACCACCCACUCUGAAUGUACCUGCAGCCCGCUUUUUCUUGACACCAUCACCUCUCAGGGGAGACAUUGACAAUCAAAUUAGGUCGUCAAGUCGCAUGGCAGUUAGGCCUGAUCAGACUGGGCGUAACUCACCUGGCUUGUCGACACGGAAUCAUAUCAGCGUUCUUGGAAAUGACAAUAUGGACAGAUCUGCUGAGCUCCCUCCAACACCCACCGCACCCCCAACCUCGAUAUUUACACAUCCUCCCGCUCUAAGCACCUCUCUUGCAUCCUCCUCGUCUGUUUCCGCAACCUUGCCGCCAUCCGAAGAGCCUGGAGAUAAUUCUAUUGACACAUCUGCCACAGCAAACUCUUCUCUGAGCAGUACAAAUACGACCGAUGGCCACAUGGGACCUCUGUUCUCGGGUUUCUGGAACAGUCGCCCUUCCUCGAAUCGCUACAGAGCUUCCAACGAGAAUGUCUUGAUGCGGCCUCCUCCUCUCGACUUGCUUAAUCCUUCGUCAUUUGACGAUCCAUGGCAACAUUUCAGGAUAUCAUUUAUGUCUGAACUAAGGGACGCCCAGAGGGAGGAGUUUGAAGAGCGGCAAGCACGGUUAGCGGCACGCCCUCGUCUGAUAUUACCACAUGAAAGCACUAGCGGUCGCGCAUCAUACAGCUCGAGCGAUGGUGUUUCUCGAUUGAUGAAUCACCCCACAAGAAAGAAGACGAAAACUAACAGUAAGGCAGCUACGAGGGUCAACAAUCGUACAGCGUAUCUCGAUUCUCCGCGCGAGACCCACACAUUUGUGCAGCAACAAGUGGAAUGCGCGUCGUUGUCGCAGGGACCUGCGAACGAAGUAAGAGUCGCUACGCCAUACAACUUUGCCCCUGGUCGUCUAUGGCCACUUGAGUUCAUUGGUUCCUGUUUCAUCCUUUUCCUGUUAUUCUUUCAUAUCUAAUCCGGACUUUUCCCUUCUGAACCAUCUGUAUGAUAUUGCCUGUAUCUAUCUUGUACGUUUACCUCGGCAAUCCCGAAGCUCCUCUUCACCGACUUUCAAAACAAUUCAAAUUGACGAGAUCAUCGCAGGUCAAGACAUCGGCCAUGGAGUCCUGUUAUGUAAUGGAUGCACCGUUGCGCUUAUAAGGACUCCUGGAUUGUUCAUCUCCUUUUGAAGACGUUCAAGCCGGUCGGUCGAAUUAGCAAUGAGUCGGGUACAGUCAAGGUACAGUGUGGUGCAGUGAAAGGCGCUCAUCCCUUCUUCUGAAAACCAUAUCGAACCACUGGACUCAUUAACUAUGGCUUACCACUGUUCCAAUCGCUCGACUUUAAGCUAUUCUCUCAAUAGGAAUAUUGCUUCUCCAGGAACCAUGCUGCUACUAUGUAUCGUACGCAUUGCCUCGUUCAUGGACUCCUCGUCGCCUCUGGAGUCUGGUUAAAGCUAUCGAGUACCUAUACCUGCUUACAAUGAGCCAUGAUCCCAGCUCGAUUCACG